GUGUGUUUAUGACUAAAUAAAUCAAAUUUAAUCAUCAUCAUCAUCUUUAAACACAUAAUACAUCAAAUGAAGAUCAACAAAUUAAAUUUUUCCUUAUGAAUUCAUUGUGUAAAUUUUAAUGAUGAAUAAUUUUUUUCAUUGGAUUCCAUCGUUAUAUGGAUGGUCAUCGAUGGCCAACAACGAGAAUGAAAAAAUGUUGAAUUAUGUUACCGAAUUCGUAUACAGUAUAUAUGUUGAUCAUCGUGAAUUGGCAUUCCAAAAUCCACGUACAUUGUUCUUAUACUGUACAAUAUUAUUCAUUUGUGUAGUCAUAUUUCUUUAUCAUUUGAAUAAAUUGCGAAAAAAAGUGACCAAAGUCAUUCUACCAGAUGAAACAAAACCUCGAUUCCGUAAACGUGAUAAAGUAAUGUUUUUUGGCCGUAAAAUUCUUCGAAAAGUUCGUUCAUCUGUUCCCGAUCCAAUUCGUCAUCGUGGCCGCAAACGUCAAUUUGUUCUGAAAUUUGCCAAACGAUUACUUCGAUUGAAAAAAGAUGAUCCGUUGCAAUUAAAAGUGAAAGAACCAUCACAAGCAUUUUUAAAGGAAGAUAUUUAUGAUCCAGCCGGACAUGAUCUACCUGAAGAACUUGUUUACAUGAUUCAUGGUAUUCGAGUACUUGGAUUUUUUGAAAAACCUUUAUUCCUGAAAAUGUGCCAAAAAAUCGAAGAAAUGAAUGUAAUGAAAGGCGAAUUUCUUUUCAACAUUGGUGAUCCCGAUGAUAGUAUCUAUAUUGUCAAAAAUGGUGAAAUCAAAGUAACCCUUAACGAACCGGAUGGAUCGAUUCUAUUGUUAAAAAAUGUUUAUACUGGUGAAUGUAUAGCCAGUAUGUUAUCCGUGAUGGAUGUAUUGAAUGGUUAUCCAUCACAAUUCAAAACUAUAUCCGCUUCAGCAGUUCAAGAUAGCCAAAUAUUAAGAUUGAAAAUUGAUGUUCUCAAACAACUAGUCGAUGACAAUCCUGAAAUGUUAAUUCGAGUCGUUCAAAUCAUCAUGGUUCGUCUUCAACGUGUUACAUUUACAUCAUUAUAUAAAUAUCUGGGUUUGACUACACAACUAAUCAAACCUGGUAUUCAAUUACCAAAACGUUCAUUGGCAAAUAUUAAUGCAACUUUAUUGAAAAAAUCCAGUCCUAGUAGAAAUAAUCGAAAUGGCCACCAUCGAUCAUAUUCAAAUGCUGAUGCUAUUGAUCUUGGUAAACUCAUCAAAAUGGAAUCAGAUACAUCGAAAACAGCGGCUUCUAAUAAUGAGUCGUCAUCAUCUCCUAAACUCAUUAGACAGGAUUCAGAAGACCGAUCUCGAUUUAUGAUGACAAAAAGGAAAAAAUCUGUUUUAGGUGAUGAUCGUACGGCUGGAAUGACCUAUGAUGAAAUGGUUGAUAUGGCCAUCGCUGAUUUGAAAAUCAUUCUCCACAUUGAUGAUGGCAAUAUUCUACGUGAUCAUAUUAAAAUCAAAGAAUUUUAUCGUGAUGCUUGUUUGGCUUCUGAAGAAUCUCAUGAUGAGAUCAAUCUAAUAUUUGUUCUUUCCGGUUCAAUCACGAUAUCACAGAAAUUGAUUGAUUCUAAUGAAGAAGCCAAUCUAUAUACUGUUUAUCCUGGUGAAUUGAUCGGCGCAUUAGAUGUGCUUACCGGUGAAGAAUCAAUAUUCACGGUGAGAACAAAACAAAAUUGUAAAGUUGCCGUUAUCUCUCGUGAUGCUGCCUACGAUAUAUUGUCAAAAUAUCCUAAAGUUGCAUUGAAUUUAGCCCACACAGUCAUUCAACGUUUAUCACCGUUUGUACGACAGAUCGAUUUCGCUUUAGAUUGGAAUCAUUAUGAAUCAGGUCGUGCCAUUUAUCGAAUUGGAGAAAAAUCCGAUUGUACAUACAUCGUAUUGAGUGGCCGUCUUCGUUCAGUCAUUCAAUUGACCAAUGGAAAACGUCAGCUAGUCGGUGAAUAUGGUAAAGGUGAUUUAUUUGGAAUCGUCGAAUUGAUUACUCAAACUCCACGAUCUUCAACUGUCAUUGCUGUUCGUGAUACUGAAUUGGCAAAACUUCCGGAUGGUCUACUGGAAACAAUAAAAACUAAAUACCCAGUCGUCGUGACUCGUUUAAUUCAUUUACUUGGCCAUCGAUUAUUGGUUGGAAAUAAUAUGUAUUCACUAACUAGUGGUAAACCAAUCUCUGACAUUGGUUCCCGACCUACUGGAUCAAAUUUUUCCACUGUCGCUUUAUUGUCCGUGAAUGAUGAAGUUCCAUUACAUGCUUUUGCCUAUGAAUUGUAUCAUGCAUUGACAGCUAUUGGUUCAGUUGAACUUUUAACCUCGGAUUUUGUGCGAAAAUGUUUGGGACAAACGGCUUUGGAUAGACAAAACGAAUAUCGUCUAUGUCAUUGGCUAGGAAUCCAAGAAGAUAAAAAUAAAAUUGUUUUAUAUCAAUGUGAUAAAGGAUUUUCCGCCUGGACACAGCGAUGUAUUCGUCAAGCUGAUUGUAUAUUGAUUGUCGGUAUGGGUGAACAAGAACCAACAGUAGGUGAAGUGGAGAAACAACUUCAAUAUCUAUCGAUACGUACGCAGAAAGAACUUGUCCUAUUACAUCGAUUAGAUGGUCCUAGACCAAAAAAUACUGUCGAAUGGCUCAAUAUGCGAGAUUGGUGUUCAUCUCAUCAUCACAUUCGUUGUCCAAAACGUGUUUUCAUUAAACGUUCACCAUUGAAACUACGUGAAUAUUAUGAAAAUGAAGUGAAAACACAUCAACCAUCAAUAUUUUCCGAUUAUUCACGAUUGGCUCGAUUCUUGACAGGAAAAUCGAUUGGUUUAGUUCUUGGAGGUGGUGGUGCUCGUGGUAUCGCUCACAUUGGAAUGAUUAAAUCAAUCAUCGAAGCUGGUCUACCCAUCGAUAUGGUUGGUGGUGUCAGUAUUGGUGCAUUCAUGGGUGCAUUAUGGUGUCAGGAAAACAAUCUGACAACAUUCAUACAAAAAGCUCAAAGUUGGUCGAACGGAAUGACUUCUUAUUGGCAUCAGAUUCUAGAUCUUACAUAUCCAUCCACUGCUAUGUUCACCGGUAAUGCUUUCAAUCGUUCCAUUUAUGAAGUUUUUGCUGAAGUACAGAUUGAAGAUCUUUGGCUACCUUAUUUCACUGUCACAACAGAUAUAACAUCAAGUUGUCCCCGUACACAUCGCCAUGGUUCAUUAUGGCGUUAUGUUCGUGCCAGUAUGUCAUUAUCUGGUUAUCUACCUCCACUUUGUGAUCCUACCGAUGGUCAUCUACUGUUGGAUGGUGGUUAUGUCAAUAAUCUUCCAGCCGAUAUUAUGCAUAAUGUUAUGGGUGCAGAAACAAUAUUGGCUAUUGAUGUGGGUAGCCAAGAUAAUUCUGAUCUCACUAAUUAUGGUGACACAUUAAGUGGAUGGUGGCUGCUAUGGAAACGAUGGAAUCCAUUCACCGAGCCUGUACGUGUUCCAAAUCUACCGGAAAUUCAAUCUCGAUUAGCUUAUGUUUGUUGCGAGAAACAGCUUGAAGAAGUUAAAAGUUCCGAUUAUUGUUGGUAUAUUCGACCACCCAUCGAUGGUUUUAAAACGUUACAAUUUAAAAGCUUCAAAGAAAUUAUGAAUGUUGGCUAUCAUCACGGAAAAGCUGUCUUUAGUACAGUCAAUUUUGGCGAUGAACUUUCCAUAUUUGAAUUGUUCAAUAAGGAAAAGAAUCAAAUUCGACGAAAAUCAAUCAUUUCCCAAUCGAAUAAUGAAUCGAUUAUCGGUGGUGAUCGUUCGAUUGAUAGCCAUUCAUUGAUGAUCAUCGGUAAAGCAUCAAGACAGACAUCGUUUACCGAUUUAGCUGAAAGAAUAUGUAAUAUACAGAAUCCAAUAAUAUCGAAUACAGCUACGGAAUUUGAAUUUGAUAAUAUAAUCGAAGAUGAAGAAGCAGAAGGAGAAGAAGAAGAAGAAGAGAUGAUGGAUAAUUAUUUCUCUGAACCGGAAUUACGUGAUACCGAUACGGAUAUUGAAAAUCUGAUUGAUCGUAAAAUUAGCAACGAAGUUUAAUAAUGUUUUAUCAUCAUAGUUUCUUUUUGUUGAUGUUUUCAAAAUCACAGAUUUAUGUUCAUAUGGAGGUGAUUCAAAAAUUUUCUGUUUUUUUUUGAUUUUUAACCAAAAUAAAAAUGUUUGUUUGUUAA